AUGAACAACAACAAUCAGUUCUCACGGUUCAAUCUCUUCUUUCGUCUUACCUUCAUCAUUCUCCUUCAUCCUUUAUUUCUGCCAGUGCCGUUACUUCAGGGCGACUUCCGGUGUACUCCUUUGGGUUCUUGCAGACUGCAGCUGCAAGAAUUCAAAGGUACUACCCUACAGUCGCCCUUCAAACAUAGUUUCUCAAGGAUUUUGGAGACUUUGGAUGGCGCAGUGACAGCCACUCCUCCCUUUGAGCGCCCUCCUGGCAGUUCCCUAACGAUUAUACUUACGAAUUUCGGGACUUUGGAUGGCAGAUUAUACUUACGAAUUUCGGGACUUUGGAUGACAGUUAGAGCCACUCCUCCCUUUGAGCGCCCUCCAGUUCCCAACGAUUAUACUUACGAAUUUCGGGACUUUGGAUGGCAGUUAGAGCCACUCCUCCCUUUGAGCGCCCUCCAGUUCCCAACUAUUCUGCUUAUUGGAACUGGGGGUUGCGCAGUGCAUGCCACUUUGGCUCCUGCUUAUUGGGACUGGGGCUCAGCGCAGUGCAUGCCACUUGUCAGUGGCUCCUGCUUCUUGGAAUUGGCGGUAUCGCAGUGCAUGCCACUUGUUAGUGGCUCCUGCUUAUUGGGACUGGGGCUCAGCGCAGUGCAUGCCACUUGUCAGUGGCUCCUGCUUCUUGGAAUUGGCGGUAUCGCAGUGCAUGCCACUUCCUGCUCCAACUUUUUAAUGGUGACUGCUGAACCUGCCGGUACUUUUGUGUGGCAAGUGCUCUCUAGUUAA